AUGAUGUCCUAUAUAAAGCAACCCCAUUACACCAUGAACGGGUUAAAUUUGCCUGCGCCCGGGAUGGAUGUGCUGCACACGACCGUCGCGUAUCCCUCCACUCCGCGGAAGCAGCGGAGGGAGCGCACCACUUUCACCAGGACUCAGCUGGACAUCCUGGAGGCCCUCUUCUCCAAAACACGGUACCCUGACAUCUUCAUGAGGGAAGAGGUGGCCCUGAAGAUCAACCUGCCAGAGUCACGUGUGCAGGUGUGGUUUAAAAACCGUCGUGCCAAGUGCCGUCAGCAGCAGCAGCAGAGCACGGGACAGUCCAAGCCGCGCCCCCCUAAAAAGAAGUCAUCUCCACCUCAGGAGCCCAGUGUCCCGGAGCCCCUCCAGAACCCGGCAGGUUCCUACAGUCCCACCUCUGCUCAGUCGGGGCCCACCCUGGCCCCCAGCUCCAGCACUGGCAACACCUCAGUGUCCAUCUGGAGCCCGGCCAUCUCGCCCCUCCCAGACCCCCUGGCCUCGGGAGCUCCGUGCAUGCAGAGGCCCUCUCCUUACCCCAUGAGCUACGGACAGCCCUCGGCCUAUGGCCAGGGCUACGCCAGCACCACCUCCUACUUCACAGGCCUGGACUGCAGCGCCUACCUGUCGCCCAUGCACUCACAGCUGUCAGGCACCGGGGGAGCCCUCAGUCCCAUCACGGUGCCCUCUAUGGGGGGGUCCCUGAGCCAGUCUCCAGCCUCUCUCUCCUCACAGGGUUACAGCACUGCCUCUUCUCUGGGCUUCACCUCCGUCGACUGUCUGGACUACAAAGACCAGCAGGCCUGGAAACUGGGCUUCACCACCAUGGACUGUCUGGACCACAAAGAUCAGAACUCCUGGAAGUUCCAAGUCCUGUAG